AGAAACCCCAAGCAAAAGUAAAUCUGUAAAAAAACUAAAGAGCUUCGAGACAUCGUUACUACACUGAUUGGCUUCUUCUUCUUCUUCCAAAAAUCCAAUCUUUUCUUUUGGGUUCCACCAAAAUCCCAUCUUUUCGAUUUCUCAAAUAUCAAAAGCGUAGAGGGUUUUGUGGGUUUGGAUUAGCUUUGAGGUUUAGUACCAAUGGCGGGAAUAGCUAUAGUUUUGGAUCUGCUGAGGAAAAACCCAAGCGUUACCUCCCAAAGUCUCCACGCUUCUGGGUUCUUCUCCGCUAAAGCAGCCGCUUCCGCCGCCGCCGCCUCCGUCGCCGCUGGUGCUCCUUACGUCUACAAUUCCUUGUUCGGUAAUUUUAGGGUACCAGUGGCGUAUUGCGAUGCUGGAGCAACGUUGUCGGACGAUUACAUCUCUAAUUUACGGAGUGCGUCCUUAAAAAUAUUUCAGAAUGAUGCUGUGAGUUACGGUGCCAAGGAAUAUCCAGUCGAGCUAAAGCCUCUAUUCUCAGCUUUCGAAUUGAAGAAUUUUACUCUGACAACUUUUAGGUCGUUUUUAAUAAACUUCUUACCUCUUGCGGAGCCUCGUGCAAACUUGGAAUCAGACGAUGAGGACUUCCUGGAGGACACUGAAGAACAACAACGUGUAGAUUACGUUGUUCCACUAAAAAAAUCACUAAAGCAAAUUGCACGUGACGUAACUGUCACAACCACUAGACGGAUACUAGAAAAAAUUUCUGUUUAUUAUGUGUCACAGAGAAUGGCAUGGAAACUUCUGAAAGAUCUCUCAAAGUCUGCCAUGAGGAAAGCUGGAAGAAGAAUGCCAACUUAUGUUUUCUUCUUCAGUGUUAGCAAAACAACUAUGAGAGGACACUGUCUGGCCAUUGCAGCAUCUUGGAUCAUCUCAGUUGGCAUUGAUAUCUACCGAACUUGUUAUGGAAUGAUGAACUCUACUGAAGAUAUUGAUGAAAUUGGUACAGCACAAAGGCUUAAACUUCUUGGGAAUAAGGUUGGGCGCACUACUCUCAAGUGUGGUGCGUCACUGAUUUUUGCUUCGAUUGGGGCAGGUAUUGGUGCCACUCUUUUCCACCCUUCAACUGGCCAGUGGGUUGGUUGUGUUUUGGGAGAUGUGGCAGGACCUCUGAUUGUCUCAUAUUCCCUUUACAGGUCUUUCGAUCCAGAAAUUUAGGCACUGGAAUAGUUUAUCUGAGAUAUACUCUUUGCAUUUGCUUCAAUUUUGACUGCUGUACAAUAGGAAAUUUCUGAGUUGUGAUAAGUGUUCGUGAUUAAUCGGAGUUUACAUUUUCUGGAAUCAUGUUAUUGCUUAAUAGCUUAAGUUUACAAUGAAAUUUUGAACAAUUUUCUUUG